UGCGCAGCCGCGGCGCGGAGUACCAGCGUAUCGCCGGGUGCUUCAGGGCGGAGGGGAGGCAAGAGCGAGAGGGAGCCGGCGGAGAAGGCAGGGCUUGGUCGCGGAGGGGCUAGGCUCCGCCCCCUGAGGGCCACCCCUCCACGCCCCUCGCCUCCGCGCAGCAGAGAGAACGCGGGGAAGCGGCAGCCGGGCUGCGACGGGCCCGCGGCGGCGAGUGGGCUCCUCAUGUGUCCUUGUGCGGCCCCAGCGACGGUGACGACUCAGGGGAGCGGCGUCCCAUCGCGUCUGGCUCUGCUGUCCUCGCCCCCGGGGCCGGAGGAGAGAAAGGGAGAGUGCCGUGUGGGUGGCAAAGGCUGCCGAUGCGGGAGAAAGCGAGCGCCUGGGGAGCUGCCGGAACCAGGAAAACUGCUGGGAUUUAACGCGGGCGCCGCGGAGGAAUGGCGUGUCCCUGAAGGAGAAAGGACACGGAGAGUGAGGGGGAAGGCUCGGCUGGGGCGCUGGCGGAGAGAGCCUCACCUCCGGCUCCUCUAGCGCGGACCACAGGAGGAAGGACGACCUGCUGCUGCCUGCGAGCUUCUCGUAGACUUGGAUCUACCCCAAACCUCCCAACUUUUUUUUUGUUCCUGUUCUUUGGAUUUCGUUGCCUUCAUUUUUUUUAAAAAAAACGCCUAUUAAGAAUACCUGUAUACAAACAGCGCACAUAGUGGCUAACUUAUCCCAGAUGGCCAAUUCCCUCAAUGGCCGGAACCCAGGUGGCCGAGGAGGAAACCCCCGCAAAGGACGUAUUCUGGGCUUCAUUGAUGCAAUUCAGGAUGCAGUUGGCCCUCCCAAGCAAGCAGCUGCGGAUCGCAGGACUGUAGAAAAAACCUGGAAGUUAAUGGAUAAAGUGGUAAGACUUUGUCAGAACCCUAAGCUUCAGUUGAAAAACAGCCCACCUUACAUACUUGACAUUUUACCAGACACCUAUCAACAUUUGCGACUUAUAUUGAACAAGUAUGAUGACAACCAGAAACUUGCACAGCUCAGUGAAAAUGAGUAUUUUAAAAUCUACAUUGACAGUCUGAUGAAAAAAUCAAAACGGGCUAUAAGACUUUUUAAAGAGGGGAAAGAGCGGAUGUAUGAGGAACAAUCACAGGACAGACGAAAUCUCACAAAACUUUCCCUCAUCUUCAGUCACAUGCUUGCAGAAAUCAAGGCAAUCUUCCCUAAUGGCCAGUUCCAGGGUGACAACUUUCGUAUUACAAAAGCUGAUGCUGCAGAAUUCUGGAAGAAGUUUUUUGGAGAUAAAACCAUAGUGCCUUGGAAAGUAUUCCGGCAAUGUUUGCAUGAGGUGCAUCAGAUUAGUUCUGGUUUGGAAGCAAUGGCUUUGAAAUCUACGAUUGAUUUAACUUGCAAUGACUACAUUUCAAUUUUUGAAUUUGACAUCUUCACAAGAUUAUUUCAGCCUUGGGGCUCAAUAUUAAGGAACUGGAACUUCUUAGCUGUGACACAUCCUGGAUAUAUGGCAUUUCUGACUUACGAUGAAGUUAAAGCAAGAUUACAGAAAUACAGCACCAAACCAGGAAGCUACAUUUUCAGAUUAAGUUGCACACGACUGGGACAAUGGGCCAUUGGAUAUGUCACUGGUGAUGGAAAUAUUUUACAAACCAUACCUCACAAUAAGCCUUUAUUCCAAGCUUUGAUUGAUGGCAGCCGGGAAGGGUUCUAUCUGUACCCGGAUGGACGAAGUUAUAAUCCUGAUCUGACAGGACUGUGUGAACCCACACCUCAUGAUCACAUAAAAGUUACCCAGGAACAGUAUGAAUUAUAUUGCGAAAUGGGUUCUACAUUCCAGCUUUGUAAAAUUUGUGCAGAGAAUGACAAAGAUGUGAAGAUUGAACCUUGUGGGCAUCUGAUGUGCACAUCCUGCCUUACAGCAUGGCAAGAAUCUGAUGGUCAAGGAUGUCCUUUCUGCCGCUGUGAAAUUAAAGGAACUGAGCCUAUCAUUGUGGAUCCAUUUGACCCCAGGGAUGAAAACACCAGGUGCUGCAGCAUUAUGGAUAGCUUUAGUCUACCCAUGCUUGACUUGGAUGAUGAUGAUGACAGAGAAGAAUGUUUAAUGAUGAAUCGACUAGCUUCUGUGAGAAAGUGUACCGAAAGACAGAAUUCCCCUGUGACAUCUCCAGGAUCUUCUCCACUUGCACAAAGAAGAAAACCUCUUCUUGAUCCACUGCAAGGGCCCCAUCUCAGCCUUCCACCAGUGCCUCCUCGACUAGAUCUCAUUCAGAAGGGAGUUGCUCGAUCUCCUUGUGCCAGCCCUACCAAUUCACCAAAAUCUUCUCCAUGUAUGGCGAGGAAACAAGACAAGCCUCUUCCGGCACCACCACCACCUGUACGUGAUCCUCCACCACCACCACCAGAAAGGCCCCCUCCUAUUCCACCAGAUAAUAGAUUAAGUAGACACUUGCAUCAUCCUGAAAGCGUGCCUUGCAGAGACCAGCCUAUGCCACUUGAAGCCUGGUGCCCAAGAGAGUUGUGUGGAACAAGUCAAAUUGUUGGAUGUCGAAUAGUAGGAGGUGAUGCUUCACCAAAACCUGGACUCACUGCAAGCUCAAAUGUAAACGGAAGGCACUGUCGAAUGGGUUCUGACCCAGGAUUUCUGCGAAAACACAGACGCCAUGAUAUGCCUGCAGAAGGUGUUAAGAUAUUUUCAAAUGGCCAUUUAGGAAAUGAAGAAUACGAUAUUCCACCUCGGCUCUCACCCCCUCCUCCAGUUGGCUCUGUCCUACCUAAUAUGAAGUGUCCUGUUCCUGUUGUAAUUUCCCUCCCUGAGAAACCAAGGGAACAUACAGAAGAUGAUGAGUAUAAGAUUCCUUCAUCCCAUCCUGUGUAUUUGACAUCACAGUCACCUCAUUGCCAUAAUGUAAAGUCUCACAUCCGUGUAUGUGAGAAUGGUCAGUGCUCGGGAACAAUUAAUGAAAUGCACAGUGCGGCCUCUGAGCUGAAAAGAUUGAAACAUCCAGAAAUAGGAGAUGCCUUUGAUCCCACAGUUCCAGUACCUCUGCCACCUGCACGCCCUGCUAUCAGGGACAACUUGAAACAUGGCCCGGUACUCAACAGGACACCUUCUGAUUAUGACCUUCUGGUACAUCCUCUAGGAGAAGAUGCACCUGACAGUGCGCCACCCUCACUUCCUCCACCACCACCCCCUGCACGCCACAGCCUCAUUGAGCAAACAAAACCAUUUGGUGCAGGAAGCAGACCUUUAUCAGGACAUGAACUUUACCUUCCUCCUGCAGAUGGUUCACAGGCACCAGCCAGACCUCCUAAACCACUUCCCCGCAGGACUGCUCCAGAAAUACAUCACAGGAAGACAAAUAAUUCUGAUACAUCUUCAGAAAAUGUUGAUGCAAAAAUUGCAAAACUUAUGGGAGAAGGCUAUUCCUUUGAAGAAGUGAAGCGGGCACUUGAAAUAGCUGAGAAUAACCUUGAUGUUGCACGGAGCAUUCUAAGAGCAUUUGCCUGCUUUCCUCCACCUACUUCCCCACGUCUCAAUCUAUAGCAGUAUGAAAAAUUGUGGCAAGCCAGUUCUCCAUGUGCAAGAGUGAGAUUACGAAACCAGGUGUGACAUGUGUGCAAGAGACACUUCUUCUCCAGGCAUCUUCAAAGAGUCAAGAUCCAGCAGGUUUUUUUCCAAAUAACUGCUCAGUUCUGGACAAGUGGAUUGAAAAGUCUGUAUUUUUGGUAGCCAUACUUUUUGAAUCAGGGUUGAACUGACAAAUAAUUUAAAGAAGUUUACUUCCCAUGAACUUUUAAUCUGUGAAAUACAUUUUUUUCAUGUUUACAAAGUGGUGAGUGACCAUUUUCAGGCUGAUAGUCCUUUGUUCUCAUUCAUAUUUUCUAUUCUUGUGUGAUAUUUCCACCUAUUUUUGUACUGAUCACACUCAUCUAAGUAAUUGCUUCCUAAAUGCUGUCUUCAUUUUUUUCCUUUUUCAAAAAGCUUUAAUGGUUUCUUCAAGCAAAUGCAGGAAAAAUGUGGCCUUCACUACUGAUAUUUUUUUCUGGUAUACUUUUGCUAUUGUGUGUGAGAGAAAAUUGAAUGUGUAAUGCAUUGUUUUGUCUUUAGACUGCUUUCUUAAAGGCAUUUUGACCACAAUAAUAGGCAGCUUCUUUGACAUGUGGCCAGCAAGCUUCAGGAUCUGUACGGUUUCAGUAGUAAAAUACAAAUUCCCAUUAAAUUUCGUGAUGCAGUAUUUCCCCAGAAUGUACAAAGAGAUGUAAAUCAUUUCUGGCACAGAUUUUAAGAAUUCAAAUAUAUAUGUUAAAAUUGCUCUUCAUUUUUAUGAUGAUGUUGACAUUAUUCAUGCCCAGAUAAUUCAUGCCUUGAAUAUCCUCAGCCAUACCACAUCUUACUGAAUUAUAUUACCAGUAGUCAGGUAAAUUACAAUCCUGUCCUCUGGAAAGUGGGAUACAGUUAAUUUUCUGUGUGAGUGAUUAUUUGCUGAUUAUCACAACUUUGGUGACAAGUUCAUAUAAUCAUAGUAACUUAAAAAAAUCUUUGCACUAAUGUUGGAGUACCACUAUUUUUGCAAAGUAUUUAAUUAAGUCACACUGCUACCUUAAGUGUAUUUUGUGCUCAGAUCAACUGACUGCACCAUAUUUGCAUUCUUGAAGAGAGUGUAAACUUUUCUGUCCUGAGUGUCACAGAAGUAUCCUGGAUCCUUCAUUUGGAAUAAUUGCUACAAAUUAUGUUAUCUAAUUACAACACUACAUAUAUUUUUAAAACUCUAAACUCAAUAGUAUUUAUAAAAUGGUAAUAGUAUUUACAUUGAAGCCACAAUUAUUACAUAUCAGAUUUGCUCUUAAAGAUCUUUGCAACAGAAUAAAAGUGACAUGUCCACACUGAAACUCCUGAUCGGUAGCAUUUGAUGUACAAUGUUUUUGGCACCCAGAUUUUACAAUUAUUUGAUUCAAAAGUUAAUUCUGAGAAAUUAGUCGUUAUUUUUAGUUUUUUGAAGUCUCAUAUCAUUGUAAGUAUGAAAAAAAAAACUUUAAAAACAAUCUUGAGACUCCUUUUGAUAUAUAGACAUCUAGAAGGUAUACCGCUAAGUUAAAAUCUGCACUUUGCCUAGGGAACAGCUUAAAAUUGUGGCAUCUUUUAUUAAUCAGUUAUUGCAACAAGUAAACAGACUGAUUCCCAUGCAGCAGUUUCUCCAGUCAUAGUAGAAAAACAUGAAAGAUUUUAUCUGGCUUUUAGAUGCACUCUUUAGGGUAAAACGGGAAUGCUUCUCAUUCCAUGUUACAAUUGACUCUUCUCUUUUUAAGAAUCAUUAUAAAUUGUCAUUGGGAGCAGGGUUUCUGUUGUGGAAGAAUUUUACUUGUUUUUGAGGGGAAAUGCUAAUUUAACUCCUAGAUUGCACAAACUGAGAAACAAGCACAGUGUAAUAUUGUAUAUUAAUGUAAUGGAUUUUGGAGUUGUUGCCAUGGAUGCAGACAUAUGGAAACAUACUGGAAUUUGUCAUCCAUACAAUAAGUUUGUGAAUAAUCCUUUGCUCUGGAUCAGACAAAAGUACAGUAUCCAGCUAGCAUGAUGAUGCUAGAGCAAGUUGCUAGAGCAGUGGAUCCCAAUAAUAUUCACACAAAUGCAAGAACUAUUCUGAAAGUUAUCCUGUAGAUGAGAAAAACUAUAUUGGAUGGUUCUGAGAAGAUCUCUGUUAAACUAUAUGAAAGUAAUCACUGCUGAUGGAUUGGUGUGUACUGUACUCAAAUUAGAAGCCUUAAAAAUAAAAAGGGCAAGGAUCUUACUCCUUUCAGGGGCUUUAUAUUACACAAAAAAGGGCUUGUUCACAUAAAUACAUGUUACAUUGAAGCACACAACAACACUGUGCUUGGUAGAACUUAUUCCAAAUGAGUUUAAAUUCAGAGUAUUUAAAAUAGAUGUCUAGAUUAGAACACAGGACCUGUUUUCUCAACCAAGUAAAUAUCUGAGAGCUUUAAUAAAUCAUCCUACUACCUUUUCCACUUGUUUAGCAUUUCAUUGCAUAGGGGUAAAAUACGCUGAAUCACACCAAUAAUACUGAUACUACCCAACAAUGUGCCAUUCAGACAAGCCCUCAAAUGUCUGUUAAAGAGUGCCCAUUUUAGCAACUUGACAAAAAAGUCACUAGUCAAAUGUCAAGUGAUGCUUGAUGAGGAUGUGAAUUUAACCAAAAGCCCCCACCCUUCCAGCUUGAAGCUUUACUUUGCACUGACCGAGUAAUUGUUUUAUGUUUUAAAGCUUAACAAAUUUGAAAGUAGACCAGUACAUUUUAAAUCGAGUACUGCCUGUUGACCUGGAACAUAGCACUUCUAGGACUGGUAUCUUGAAAGGACUGAAUUGUUUUCAUUUUUGAAGGUUUAUCUGCUAAAUAACUAUUUUAUCUGAAAAUGCCUUUUAUAAAUUUGUCUAACAUGGCAAAAAUAGUGAUGUGAUCAAUUUAUAUUUUAUUCAAUGUUCUUUUUUCAAUGUUAUGUAACCUCAAGUUACUUUAUCUGUUCUUGUAAGGUAUUUUAUAAAAAUUCA